AUGGAUAACAGAACCCGCAUAGGCAUAAUAGGAGACGAAGAAACUCUCACUGGGUUCCUGAUAGCAGGCGUGGAAAACACUCACGACAAUCCAAAUCUCAUCCAAGUGGCUUCGGCAACGUCUGAAGACGAUCUAAGAAGAGCCUUCUACUCACUAACAAGUAGAGAGGAUCUUGCCAUAGUUCUUGUUUGCGACUUUGCUGCAGAAAAGCUGAAGGAUGAAAUAGAUACAUACAAGGAGAUAGUCCCCGCCAUUCUGGUCAUUGCAUCGAAAAAUAAGUACACCUAA